GCGGCGCGCCAGUCUCUCGCGGCCGUCGCUCUAAUCGCACGUCGCGUUCACACACCCUCACUAUCGACACGUGCCUGGCGCAACCCUAAUUUGUUGUUCUUAACAUAUACAUCCUACAAUUAAAUGUGUUCUGUGGACUUGUGGGGUAGUCGAACUAUUCUAUAGAUAUACGACUAGAUAACAAGAAACUGCACUUAAAAUCGCACUUAAACCAGUGAAGUGUUACACAAAAGGGAUAUGUUCAGUGACAAUAGUGCGUACAACACACCAGACAGAAGGUGACAAUUGUGUUCUGUUCACAUAUGACAGUGCUGUGACUAUUUAUAAUGAUUGUUUGGAGAACGAAGAACACGAGCCGUCGGAAAUAUAGUGGCUGGUCCAAAAUGUCGGCACAUAUCGCAUCUCACAUAUCAAGGACCACUGUCAUCUGGUUAAUGCUUGCCUUGGUUAAUACGAGAGUACGCGCCGGUGAACUGUGGCCGAUGGAGAGGCCUGAGGGCAUGCCGGUCAUACAGUCGCUAGAGGUGAUGUGCGGCAAGGAUCAUAUGGACGUACACCUAACAUUCUCACAUCCCUUCGAGGGCAUCGUGUCAUCGAAAGGACAGCACGGUGAUCCCCGUUGUGUGUACGUGCCGCCGUCCACGGGGCAGACGUAUUUCUCGUUUAGGAUCGCGUACGCGAAAUGUGGCACAAAACCUGAUCUGCACGGUCAGUUCUACGAGAACACAGUGGUAGUACAGUACGAUAAGGACCUGCUGGAGGUGUGGGACGAAGCCAAACGACUACGCUGUGAAUGGUUCAACGACUACGAAAAGACGGCCUCCAAGCCGCCAAUGGUUAUUGCUGACCUCGAUGUUGUACAGCUGGAUUUCAGAGGUGACAAUGUAGACUGUUGGAUGGAGAUACAAGCGGGAAAAGGUCCAUGGGCGCCGCCUGUGUCUGGCAUCGUUCCACUCGGUUCUACCUUAACUCUAGUGGUAGCCAUCAAUGAUUACAGAGGCGAGUUCGAUAUGCGAGUGAAGUCGUGCGCCGCGUCCGAUGGUUCGGGACACGUUAUUCAAUUGUCUGAUGAAUACGGAUGCGUUCUACGUCCAAAGAUGAUUUCCAGGUUUCUCAAAGCCAAAGCGGCAGACGAACGAGCGACAGUUAUAACUUACGCAUUCUUCCACGCGUUCAAAUUCCCUGAUGCGUUGAGCGUGCAUAUUCGCUGCAAAGUGGAGAUCUGCAGACACGGCUGCCUCGACCACUGCCAGCUCGCGGGCGUCACGCCGCAAAGACACGCGCUUGACAGAAAGGACGAUCGUGCUCAACAGGACCAUAAUGAGAUCAGUGACUCUUCGGCUGAGGGUUCGGACACGAGUCUAGCAGAAGAGUACCAGCGUCUCCCUCUUGAAGAAGCCUUUGGCGACGAGGUGUCAGGUGACGUGGUGCCCGCGCCGGCGCCGCUGCCACAAAGAGCCCCCGCCCCCGUCGAGGAACCCGACUCCGAUCAGAUAUCGACUUUAGAAGAAGCAUUUGAGUCUUUGAACAGGAGACCAUUUACAGACCGGGCACCUGAAUACGAACAUUUCCCACAUGGGCCACGAAACCUUGCGAACAGCGAUAAAACGGGACAGAACGGAGAAACUAUGACCUCACCUAAAGGUCGCGGGCCGGCUGUUGCGGGGCCCAGAUCUCUGCGAAAGCGACGAACUGUUCGUGACUCGAGGUCCGCGGAUGUGGGUGUUUCUGGAAUAUACGAGGUUGUUUCCGAAGCUGAUUUAGCUUUCGGACCUUCUAGGGAACCUGUCACCGUAUUCAGUGGAAGAAUACGUGAAGAGGUAAAUACUAUUUGUUUAAACAGCAAAGUAUUUGUUUAAAAACAAACUGA